AUGGGUCGUAUACUGAAAUUACUGACUACUGCUUUAGAAAAUUGUAAAGAUAAUUCUGGUGUUACAACUGUUGGGGAUAUUGGAGAUUUAAGCCCUCACGCAGCAAUAAUGGUAAAGUUAUCGGUUUUAAACGCAUGGGCAGAAUUACAAGUUUCAAGUGUUAAACAAUCUUAUCUUGUACAAGUUGUUGAGCCAAACCUUUCAUUAUUAAGUCAAUUGUGGGUUACAUCUUUAAAAGAAUAUGCUAGAGUGCAAAUUGAACCAGAUAUUGCAGAGGCGCAAGCUAAUAGUAUAGGAUCAGAUUUGUUACAAAACACCACACAAACAGAGGUUUUUGAUUCAAUGUACAGUGGUUUAACAAGAGAAGUCAUUUUGCCAUAUUAUAAUAGAUCAUGGUUGACAAUCUUAGGAGCAGUUGCAAGCUUGGCAUUGUCGCAGACUUUUGGAGGAGGAAGUACUAUCAACAGUGACAACGAUAAUGAUUUAAACAAAAAUGAAGAUAAAAAGGUUGUUAAAACAUGUAUAAAUGCAUUGAAAGCAUUUUUGAGACCUAUAUCAGCAGGAACUAAAUUUUUAGAUAAACAAAAUUUUGUUGAAUUAAUGAAUUUAUUUGAUAGAUUAGUACUCACAGAAGGAUUUCAAACACAAUUUGACAUAAUUCAAAUCAUUAAAAAUAUUGUUAAAGACUACGGUGCAACGUAUAUUUGUAGUGAAUUAUCUGAAAAAAGUUCCCCAAAAUUAAAUGGUCAUACUGAAGAAGAUAUAGAUGAUGAUAAAUUGUCUGCAGAUGAUGUUGAAGAUAAAUCAAAAACAAUAUUAUACCAAAUAUUAAGAGUGCUUGUCAAUAUAUUUUUUCAAAAAAUAUCAUUACUUUCAUCCAGGCCUAUUACAAUGAGAACAUUUAGGCCUUUGCAAGGAAAUUCAAAAGGUCAAACAUUACAGCAAACCACAACAGUUUUAAAGGCUUCACUAGAAAUUUUUACAUUGCUUGUUCCAAUAGUUCCAAUAAAUUACAAGAUUGACUUGGUGGCAAUAGCAUUUUAUGUUUAUAUGUCCAUAAUACAAGAUUUGAAAUUUCAAAAUGAUCUUGUGCCAAAUGUAUUAGUUAAUUUAAAAAUGUCUUGUGCAAGUUUGGAAGAUCAAUUUACUGAAAAACAAGAUUUUGAAAAUUAUUCCAAGGUUUUACAAUCCACAAUAUCUUCUGCAAUAUCCAGAAUUUUAUUAAAUAGUGAAGCUACAUCGGAUGAAAAUGAAGUAUCUAUAAUAAAAAAUUGUUUGUUGGCGAUAGUUUUAAUUUUCACAUCUUGCCCAAAUGCUUGUUUGAAUAACAAUGAAAUACAAUAUAAAUUUUUGGAAAUAUUGAAAAAUAAAUAUAAAUCCGAAAAUACUAUAAUCGCAAUCACUUCAUUACAAUGCACACGUACAUUAAUACUAUUAUCCACGAAAACUUUCAAUAAAGAAUCUACCACAAAAGCUUCAGUUGAACUAAGUAACCGAUUUACCAAAGUUCUUAUACCAGAAGUUGUUUUGUUUUUAGAAUCAUCCAGAGAUUUGAUUGAAGAUAUCAAUGAUUCAAAAGUUGUUGAAGAAAAAUUAAAGGUUGUUGAAGAGGCAAUUAAAACAUUAUUAACAAUGAAUAAUGUAACAAAUGAAUCGCAUAAAUCGAUAAUACUAGCAAUUAUAUUGCCGACAUUAAUCCACUUAUUAGCAGACCCACCACUAGAUUGUUAUUUAUCCACUACCACCACUCCUCAACAAAAAUCAUUACCACCUUUGCACAUAUUAUCCAUGACAAACAUAUUAUCGUUGGCUACAUCACAAUCAACGUAUUUUAAAGAUGCUGUUAAUUUAUUAUCGCCAGAGCCUAAAUCAAAAUUAGAAGCAGCUAUAAGAUUUAAUGUUUUGUUACAACAAGAACAAAGAAAAUUACAUGAAGAACGCGAAAAAAAAAUUAAUGAUGAGGUUGGAUUGAGUAAAGGUCCCAGUAUUUCAUUGAAAAAUGAUUUUUCAGGAUUUUCUUAA